GCGGGCGCUCUCUCUCGCCGCGCGCGGUGUCACGUUUUCAGCCUCUUGUUCGCCUCCUGAUGCAGCCCCUGUCAGUGGAUUUAAGAUGGCUGCUUUGUGUACCAGCGGGGUUUAUCCUGUGGCUUUGCACACCCGCCUUCCAGUCGGUGUUUUGGCGUGGGGAUCUCCGUGAAGCCGCUCGAGCGGAGCGGAGCUUCGGAGCCGCUCUUUGUUGCCCCGCUGGCCGCAGAGCUGGUGCACCGGACGAGGCCACACUGGAGACCUCGAAGACCGUAUUUAUCGUAACGGUCCGCCGUCUCUGCCCCGGAGUAGCCGUGUACACAUGUCAGAACUCCGGCUCGUUCUGGUCCUCAUGUCCCUUUGUUGCGGCUUCACCAGCUGCGGUCCAAGGACGAGCCGCAGACAUUGUCUAGUGAGAGGAACCGAACCCCUGUAACGACUGCCCAAAACAUAACAGUGUGAAACCUGACGGUUCCUCCGUGUUCGCUCCGCCAGACCUGUCCAGAUGGAUAAAAUGCAGCCGAACCGGAUGAAGAUCACAGACCUGAAUCCACACCUCACAUGUCCACUGUGUUCUGGCUACUUGGUGGAUGCUACGACCAUCGUGGAGUGUCUCCACUCUUUUUGUAAAACGUGCAUCGUUGCUUUCCUGGAGACCAAUAAAUUCUGUCCUCGAUGUGACGUCCAGGUCCAUAAGACUUGUCCACAGCUCAGCAUAAGAGCAGACAAGACGUUACAAGAUAUUGUUUACAAACUGGUCCCAGGGCUGUUCAAAGAUGAAAUGAAACGAAGGCGUAAUUUCUACUCGGAGAAUCGAGAGCUGGAGCCCGGCGAGGUGGUGGAGACGUUUAACAUAGCCGAGGACGAGAUCAUCAGCUUGUCCAUACAGUUUUACGAAAGAAAAAAGAAUACUGAGCGGCAGCGCACAGAAGUGGACGGGGACAAGUCCAACGGUAAGCGCUUCCUGCAGUGCCCGGCGGCCAUGUCUGUCAUGCACCUGGCCAAGUUCCUCCGAAGCAAGCUGGACAUACCCAGCACUUACAGGGUGGAGGUGUUGUAUGGGGAUGAGCCCUUGAAGGACUACUACACACUGAUGGACAUUGCUUACUUCUACGAGUGGAGACGGACUGGUCCCAUCCCACUUCAGUACCUGGUCAAACCCAACCGAAAGCGCCGGAAGCUGGCUCAGUCUUCCGCCCAGCGCCACUCAGACGGCGUCAACACCAGCCCGACGUCAGAAAGCGACUCCCACAGCGACAAGGUCCACAGUCCCACGGCGGCCCAGCCGGCCCGGGCGACCUCACAGGCCAGCCCCGCCCUUCACAAUCUCCCCACCUCCAUCCAAAGCUCCAACGGUACCACAGCGCCCAGCAGCACUCAGCGGCACGCUCUGGCCUCCAAGCAGGGCGUCGCGACACGGAAGGUGACUGUCAACGGCACGAGCGCUGCAGGCAGCAAAGAGGAGGCGAGGGGCACGGAGAAAAGCAGCCUGCCUCCCGCGACCUAACAAAUCAUGUGACACGGGAGGACAAUGUUGGAGUUGCCCCUGUCUUCAAGACAGCAAGCUGAGCUGGAGGCCUCUGCCUGAAGGACCAAUGAAAGUCUAACGUCUUUCUUCAGGAAAGCAGAGGUGCAGCCGAAUAGACCCGGAGUGCGUGUGAGGGUGUGUGUGUGCGUGUUAGAAUAGGACGGUGCACACAUACGAACUGUAAAGUCUGUAUCUAAAGUGAGCAUGUGUGCGUACAUAUGUAUAAACUUAUCUUUUAUACAAAAUAUUGUAACAGUUUUGUAUCAUUAAUGCAGUCAGUAUCAUUUCCACCGUCUCUGAUUUUACCUCCGUUAAGCUUGAAAAAAGAUGGAAUCCCCAAAAAAAAAGAAGGAAAAAAAACAGUUCACGUUGGAUGUAAAGAAAAUAGGAACUCUGUCUGAACUCCUUGUCUUUGAUCAUUUUGGUAACUGCUGUAUAAAUGUCCAGUGUAAGUAAACACUCAUCAGGUCACUCGCCGCAUACAGCUGCGGAGGCACUUUCCACUGACAUCACAACACUGUCCGGAGCCGAGAAGUAUUGGGAAACACUACCGCAGUUGCGUCUGUCAGCAGACUCUUUGUUAGAACCCCAGAGGUUUCAUGAAUCUGGCUGCUGUCCCAUCGAUUUCAUCGUUCUGUUUGACCACCUGAUACUUUUAUCAGCCAUACGUGCAUGUUUUAGGUCAAUAAAAUGUUUACU